AGUGCAGCCGCAGACGCAGCCGCGAUCGUGCUGCCACGCGGCGGCCACCCGGCCAGACACUGCCUGCCACUUGUUGCUCGUCCGCGUGCUUCGAUGACACCUGCCGCGCGUCUAUUGUUCUCGCUGUCUGCCGCCGCGAAACGCGAGCUUCUUACCUUGUCGGCCGCUCAGCUGUGUUGCCUUGUGACUUGUCACUUGCUCUUUCUGUGAUAACCUUGCGUAGUGACGCUCGCGACAGUGCCUCGUUACGGAAGAAUAGUACUACGUUAGUAGUGUUUCUUGAGCGUGUGACGAUUCUCAACAGUGUCUGUGUGUGUCGCAGAAUUAUUGACGAACCUGUGGGCAGACAGAGCUGUCAGAAACGAGUGACGUUGCACUGCUACAGCCGAGACAGUUUUACCUUCUAACGUCUUCGCAAAAGUGCGGCUGGAACGAAGAAUCGAAGGCAUUCGUGUCUCUGCCCGUCUUUUCGUGACAGGCUGCUGUACGGCCGAUUAAAUAACGAACAUGCUUUACUAGGUGACGUGUCGUUCGUAAAGAGAGGUAGUAAAAAGUUUUAUAUCUCUAGUGGAAUGCGUGAAUGGACUUUCGACUGUGUUUCAUAGCCUGUCGGUAUCAUUAAUUACGAAGCAAGUCCGGCUUACAUAUUAAUGCACAGAUCGCCCCCUCCCUUCCCAAGGCUGUUACCGUCUUUCAGCAAACUGGUUGGCGGACCACCGCAGCAGCUUACCGUGUGCUCUCCUCCUAACAGCGGCUCAGGCGCGCCUGAUAACUGGCUUCCCCUCUUUCCUCGCCCGCGGCGGUCGGCCGGGCGCUACUGGACUUCAGUUAACCACCACACUUGACCCAUGUAAUUGGUCAGUGGAGCGGCGUUUAAAAACUACGAUGCAGCCCGAAGGCACCACUUGCUCGCGCCGUUGCGUGUAACAAGCUUGCCUCUUGCUCGGGCAGAUAUCAUCAUCGGUUGAACGCGAUCGGCUGUUUACAGUGGCGGAGGCACAUCGCUGAGCUCCGGUCUACGAAAGGGAUAGUGGAGAUGUGAAAUUGUGCUGUUCAACAGUACACUUAGACAGCAAUUAAAUUCGGAGGUAUUUUUUAAAGCGAUAGUUAGUGCUUGUGCUGUAACAUUUGAGCAUCUGUGUUUCUUAUCCGUCACCCUACUGGUAAAAUCUCUCGUAGGACAGCGUGUGACAUGAUAUUCAGUGGUGAAGUUCAUAACGAAACUACCCAACAAAUUUCGUUCGACGUCGAAAUAGUGUGACUCCAGUUUCGUAGCUUUCUUUCUCCUCCUUUUGUUUUCUGUCAGAUGGUGUGAAGUGAAUCUGUUAAUGUCGAGUGACGUUAUGCUGCCAGCGCCGUCGGUGGAUUACCGCUCUGUGUGUGAAAGUGCGCUCAGGUGACGCUGAACCACUCACAGGGAACACUUCUAUCUCCGAAGACCAUGCCGGAAGCGACGCCGUCCGUGUUUCCUUUCGUGCAGUACAUGGGUUCAUUUCCCGUGUCGGGACAGGACCACGCCAGCCGUGCCGAGUACAUGAGAUCGCAGUUACUACGUAUGAGGGGCACGGCGCGCACCAAACCAGUGCUCCUCGUCAUCUCGCUGGCAGGCAUCAAGGUGUGCACUCCCGACGGAAAGACGGUGCUGAUGGCACACGCGCUGCGGCGCGUGUCGUACGCCACGUGCGACCCUUCGCAUUCUCAGUUCAGCUUCCUGGCCAGGGAGCCGCGCGGACACUGCAGCCUGCAGUGCUGCCACUCUUUCCUCGCCAAGUCGCCGCAGCAGGCGGAGGAGCUGCACGCAGCCGUCGGCGACGCCUUUCGGGCAGCGUACGCGGCGCAGCUGCAGCGUGACGUCAGCUCGGCCCAGCAACAGAAGUCGGGCGACGAGCUGGAGAUGCGGCCACUGGGCAGCGGCCGUUCGAUGGCGGCUCUGACGGACGACUCGCCGAGCAGCGACGAGAGCAACUCGCCCACCGACCUCAACUCCUACCGCCGCCUCGGCGACAAGCCGGCACUCGUCAAGCGACUGGGCCUGCAGGGGGGCGGUGGGGGCGGCGGGGGCGGCGGCGGCCACUCCGAGGACAGCCGGCCGCUGCUGGCCGCCGAGCACAGCCCCCGCGGCGCCUCCACCCCCGCCGCCGACGCAAGCAGGCUGCCCCCGGGUUGCGACAGCCCGCCGCAUGCACGGACGCCACCGCCGACGCCAGAGAAGCGCGCGCCGGUGGCGACGCCGCGCCACGCCCCCCAGCUGAGCGGCGGCAGCAGCAGCUCCGACGGCUGGGCGUCGCCGCCGCCGCCGCUGCCGGAGCGACAGGACAGCCUCGCCAGGAGGCCGGAGGCAGAGCAGCUACUCUCUGCGCCCUGGUUCCAGGCCGGCAUCCCCAGGGAGAUCGCGCUGGAGGUGCUGGGCCGUGAACCGGAGGGCGCGUUCAUGGUGCGCGAGAGCACCAGCAAGCCCGGCUGCUACGCGCUGUCGCUGCGCGUCCCCAGGGACUUCCAGCCGUCCGGCAUCGCGCACUACCUCAUCCUGCGCACCGCCAAGGGGUACAAGAUCAAGGGCUUCACGAAGGAGUUUUCGAGCCUGACCGCGCUGAUCACGCACCAUUCUGUGAUGCCGGAGCUUCUGCCCGUUCCGCUGUCGCUCAGCCGCUACAACCCCAGCUUCGCCAAGUCCGACUCCAACAAGGACAGCGCAGACACAGACUCCGACCCAGACUACAACACGUUGUCCGACUUCCGCAAGAUGAUGGCCGACCUCUCCCUGUAGACCCUUCUCCGUCGAUACAGGACACAACAUACAACUAGUUCACAGCGCUACAUGUAGCUGAUACGAAUACCUUCGUGAUUUAACAACAGUCAGUGUUAUCUCCUGUGGCUGACUAUCCAUGUCUUUGCCCAUCGUCAGUUAACUACCACCUUUCAUAAAAGAGUGUUACUACAUUUUCACUGCUGGUGGGCGCGAGAAAUGAGGGUGGAAAUACAGACUACAGAGGGGUAUUUUCACCAGAGAUGAAACCAAGUGAUUAUGACAUGUUACAGGAGCUCCAUUGUACACUUUCAGCAUCAAUCUCAGUAAUUAUGACUCGAUACCUCAUUAAAUUUUUUGGUUUCAAAACCAUUUUUGCUGUCUCUUAUAUGUAUUCAACUUAUUUUAUGUAUUUUUCGCUUCAACUUCAAAUUCAGAUUAUUUUAGCCAGAUUUACUCAUUUUUUCAACAAUCUGUAAGGAUUUCCUUGAUAAUCGAGCUGUACUACUUACCUGUACAAUGAAACUCUGUAUUCACAGCCAUUUCUGAAAUUUAUCUAUCCUCCUUGGCAAAAAUUUGUUCCGUUAAGGCUUUCAGCUUUCAUAAAGAUUACCAUAGGGAGUACAAGCUGAUGCUGUACACGCGUGCCAGCAUCCGACAAAUGAUGAAAAAUCUUUUUCACUUAAUCAGGAGAGAAGCUUGCAAGUCAUGGCUUCAAACCAAAAUAAUUUCAAUAAUUCGACGUUUAGUUUCCCAUGUAGAUCAGAGAAAUUUGAUGUUUCAGUAAUCACUAUAGAGCUCACUCGUAUUCUGCACUUGAUGCGAAGAAAUUUACAUAUUUAUGAUGAAAGACCUUCACAUAUGUUGAGUUCUUAGCUACUGUCCUCACCCUUAAAGGCUCCUAUUACUCAAGAAUUUCAUAAAAUUUGAACCACAUAUAGUGACGUCAGCACACAGGUAUGCCAGCUAAUUCUACACAUACACAUCAUAUCGAUCAGUAACUGGAGAAGUCAACGUGAGGUCUUCCCCAUUUUACGUUCUGUAAGUGUCCUACAUUACGUUUUAUGGUGUUACAUUUUCGAUUCGUAAUAACAAACAUAUUCACUAACUAAACGUUCGUAAUAGACUCAAAAGUCAUUUAUAUAAAUAAAACAUAAAACAGUGCGUAUAAAAGCGACUUAAAUGAGAAUUGCACUUAAUAGCAAUGUAAAACAUGAUUCGUGGUAUUACAAGGAUACUGUACGUUUCUGUUGUUUACUGUAGCUGUGAACAUCCAUGUAUCCUUAAAAUUAAAAAAAAAUACACUUGACCUGCUUUGAGUAGAUUUCAAUCACACCAUUACGUUUUCAAGCACCAUCGCAGCUGUAGUCCAUUUCCAUGUGUGCAUUAGUACAGCAACCCUAAAGAAGAAACAUAUCGCACUUACGACAAAUCUGGAAAUAUAUUUUUGUAGCAAUGAAAAUACUUCAGACAUGGCGACAAAAGAAUGCGCAUUAUGCAUUGCAUGCGCAAUUUAGUAACACGAAUCUGUAAUCUAUAGUGGUGAUUUUCUGUUUAAGGUUCAGUGUUCCUUCUGCAUUUAUAGAGAGACGAAUUUAGUGGACGAAGUAUAACAAUAGUUUUAUUUAGAAGUCUAUACGUGGGCAUUUUGUAGGAUAUAUUCACCUUUUUUUUUAUUAAACGUUGGGAAAUAUUGGAAACAAGCUGGAGAAACCCGACAUCAAAUGUUAACUACCACAUGCAUUAUAUUUACAGAAAUUGUUGACAUAUGUGAUUUCAAUAAGAUCUGUCUCUAAAAAGUGUAAGAAUAGUAUGUAAAUGGUUCUUAAAGUGGCACGACAAUAGUAUCUAUCCAAGUAAUGAAUCUAUGUCCUUAGCUUAAGGAAGAUGUUUUGCUUUGUAACCAAAGUGCCAAAAACGAGAGUGAACUGCUUAGCAGAUGAGUCGUUGCUGUGUUAAAGUAUAUUAAGUAAUGAUGUCUGUGCAUAGCUCUAGUCAGGCUCUAAAAUGAUGUGUUACUUAAAAGUAUAUAAAGUUUAUUUACGUGUUUAUACUCAGCAAAUGCAAUUGAAUAAUAUAUUCUUGAGAUGGUUCUAGUCAAGAACUGUUGCACUGAUGGCUUGUUAAUGGUAAGAAUAAAGAUUGACUGACAGCAAA